AUGUAUCCUUCCGCCGCGGAGGCGGCGGGGCUCAACACGUUGCAGGACCUGGUGCGUUGGUACGGCGUCCCCGAUGGGGUUUGGCAAGCCUUCGUGGACCAGGUAGGGGAUCCCACGGAGGACUUCCGCUUGUUGGCGACACUCCCGUCGGGCGUGGUCGAGCUGGCCGUAGAGAACGCCCAGCUCCGAGAUGGCUCCUUCCUGACGGUCAUGCAGGCUACGCAGGUGGGGCAGGUGUACAAAUUGGCGAGGAGGAAAUCCUGGGUGGCAGCCAGCAAGCCGUGGGAGGAUUGGGUCGAGGUGGGCUUGUGGGACGGCUCCACUACUUCGGGGACCCCCUUGUCUUCAAGGCCGACGACUGGAGAGGCCACCGCCAGCCAGGUGGGAGAAAGGAAGUUGAAGAUGAACGGCGUGUUGGACCAGGGCAACGAUUCGGAGUUCACCUUGGACGACACGAAGGAAACCCAGAAAGCCUACGAGAGAUAUGAGCCCACGGCGGAGCAACUUUCAGCUAUGAGGCGGAGGGUGGAAGUCCUGCAGCUCUCCCCGUAUGCCGACUUCGCGGUCUGGGUGCCGUUUGCGAAGAAGAACUUGAAGGCCCUCAAGCUCAAGACGUGGACUAUGCAACAGGACGGGACCUUCGUAGCGAAGGACCUACCAGGGCCACCGGACUACGCGGCAUGGCUAAACAGCUACCGGGUCUACAAGACAGCCCUCCUCAUGCUGGGGGUUGUUUCCCUCAGCGUUCUCCAAGCCUACGAGGAGUUCAUCGAGAAAGUCACCAGGCGCUACACUGGUGCUUGGCACCUGGUGGCUUGUGCCGACGACAGGGCUAGGUCAGAGCAGCUGGGGAGGCUGAGGAUGAGAAACUCAGAUGGCCAUGGCCUCGGGAGCUCAGCCACCGGACGGCUGGAAUGCGCAAGACCGUGGACGGCCCUCGUGGCAGCACUGCUAAGAGACGAGCCCUUCUGGCAGGAACAACUUCACCAGCCAGCUCUGACCUGGAUGGCUCGGGGGAUGCGGGGGCGUCCGCUUUCUCCAAUGGAGUUCUACCUCGAGGACACGCCGCCGGCCCCAGCGCACGAGGGCAUGAAGGACCUCAUGAAGGGGAAGAGGGAAGCGAGGAAGAGAAAGCGCGCCGCCGACCGGGAGGAGCUCAAGAAGCUACGCGCUACCAGUACAAACACCGGAGUCCUUGCGGUGCCUGAGUUGAUGCAUCGCAGGAGUCCUUGGUGGAAGGAUGUGGAAGGCAGGGGGACGGACGCAGCCAGCCUGCCGCGCGACCUGCGCUGCCAGAAAAGUGCAGCUGAGUCUCCUGAAAGCGCAAAUGCCCUGGAAGCUGUGAACUGCAAGCUGUGA